UGUCUACAGAGUUCCUUCUCAGCUCAGCCCUCGUCAUUGCUCUGCAACUCAGAACGGCAACUGCUGAGACCACCUUAAAAGAGGAUGGUCCUGAACAGAGCUCUGAUUCUGGGGGCCCUCACCCUGACCAUCACGAUGAGCCCCUGUGGAGGUGAAGACAUUGCGGCCUACAGUGUGCCAGGCACUGAGCUGGACAUGCAGGAAAUAGCAGUAAACAAGGCCUGUGAAAAUUCCACCCUUCUGAGCAUAUGUUAUAGUGGAAAGACAGACUGGAUUCUAACAGGACAGCUACCAACACUGAGGGCGAAGGAAACAGCUGACCACGUUGCCUCCCAUGGCACAACUAUCUACCAGUCUUAUGGUCCCUCUGGCCAGUAUACCCACGAAUUUGAUGGAGAUGAGCUGUUUUAUGUGGACCUGGAGAAGAAGGAGACUGUCUGGCGGCUGCCUGUGUUUAGCGAAUUCGCAAGUUUUGACCCACAGGGUGCCCUGAGAAACAUAGCUGCGGGGAAACAUACCUUGGAUAUCCUGAUUAAACGCUCCAACUUUACCCCUGUUACCAAUGAGGUUCCUGAGGUGACUGUGUUUUCUAAGUUCCCUGUGUCGCUGCAUCAACCCAACACCCUCCUCUGUCUUGUGGACAACAUCUAUCCUCCUGUGAUCAACAUCACGUGGUUGAGGAACGGACACUUAGUCAGAGAGGGUGUUUCUGAGAUCAGCUUCCUCCCGAAGAAUGAUCUUUCCUUCCUCAAGAUCAGUUAUCUCACCUUCCUCCCUUCUGAUGAUGAUGUUUAUGACUGCAAAGUGGAGCACUGGGGCCUGGAGAAGCCACUGCUGAAACACUGGGAGCCUGAAAUUCCAACCCCUAUGUCGGAGCUGACAGAGACUGUGGUCUGCGCCCUGGGGUUGACUGUGGGCCUCGUAGGCAUCAUGGUGGGCUCUGUCUUCACCAUCCAAGGCCUGCGCUCAGGUGGUCCCUCCAGACACCAAGGGCCCUUGUGAGUUGCACCCUAGAAGGGAAGGUGCACUGCGCGUCUACCAGAGCAGAAGAGUGGACAUGCUAGAUGACCUAGAACUAUCUUCAUAUAGCUUCUCUCCUCUUACACUCCUCCUCUCACCUCUUCUCUGGGACUUUAGAUGCUUAUCCCUUAAAGCUCACAUAUACCUCGGAAUUCUCCCC